UAUGACGAACUGCAUAAUUGUAUAUUUAUAUGUUUUUUACUGACGUAUUACAUUGUUACCUCUUGGUAAAUUAAUGUGACAACAUAUUUCUUUGCAUUUGGAAUACGGGAAUAGAAAAGAGGACGUUUUUUUCGCAGAGACAAUUAUCUCAACGAGGUGAAAGAUGUCCUGCAGAUAUUCCGCCAAAGUGCCUCCGGGCUUGAUGACUCUUUUGGAAGGCCUCAGUCGGUCCGUGGUGAAAAGACGGCCAGAAUCCAUCUCACAGUUUGCUACAUUUUACUUCGCCGAACUCUUGCACUUCAGGACAGAAAAUCCAACUCUUGCCAUCAACGACCUUGUGAGAGAAUUCAAUACAACUAAAGUGCCUAAGUUCCCAAGUCAUGGCAUUGGAGCUGUGAUUGCUCCGCUGGCAGUUCAGAAUGAAAGUGCCACAGCAGUGUCUCCUGGUGGUCAAUAUGUCCAACCAUUUGGAAUUUACCCUCCAGACAGGAUUUUCCAAACUCUUCCCAGUAUUCCAGGAGUGGAGGAGCAGGAUGCUGAGCAGCCCUGGGUCCACGGCCAGAACAUUCUGUACACUGGCACAACGUUGCCUCGUCUAUCAGGUUGCAAAGAAGCUGCAGAAGCAACCUCCCUGCCAAGCCAAUACCUCAAUGACUCUGGCCUCCAGAGAAGUAUGCAGGCAGUUACCACUAAUGUGUCCCCUCACCCCAUCUCAGCAGAUCAAGCCGAAGAUUUAGUCGUCUUCCGCAGGAAAUCCAGGAAUGACUGCAUGGCGGCUACCUGUGAUAUCAACUCUGCUGCCCCAGACCGGUGCCGGCAAACCAAGUCAGCUUUCCCCGAGAGGGUUCCACUGAGUGAGAUCUAUCACAUAUCCAAUGCUGUUCUGAUCAGGGCACCUUCUGUACCCUGUGAGUACAUGAUUGUAGUGCAGUCAGACAAGGUCCUGAAGACCAUGGUGUUUCAGAGAGUCUCAUCAGUCAGUAAGACAAUGAGGAACACUCGAACAGCAGCAGCUUGUGGUGAUGAUGCCACUGGUGCCCCAGGUAACACCCAGCCUGACUGCACACCAUGUUUCACCCCGCCUACAGCCCCAUCGCAGGUGGUCAAAGAUCAGCCAGACACCCAAUUGGUCAUGCCCCUAGCGCUGACUGAGGACACUCAGCUUUCUGGUGAUGGAAAUAAGGAUCUCCUAACCCAACCUGGUUGGAAUCCUCUUUCACCUGGAGAUAAUUCUGUUUACAAGCACAUGGACAUAAAUAUAGCAUUACCUGAUCCGAAUGCCUACAACCCAUACAUCAAUGAAAUGAUAGUGGAUCAAAUGAACUGGGUGAAUGAAGAUGUUUCAACCAUGGUGUCAGAUGAUAUAAUAGCCCCUGGUAUUAUGGGUCCUGUCAACUCAGCACUUCAGGAUGGAUGUUUCCCCAGUGCAGUACCUGAUGUGAACGGGUACAACCCCUACAUGAAUGAGAUGAUACUGGAUCAAAUUAAUGGGGUGAACUUUGGUGUUUUAUCCAAGGUGUCAGAUGAGAUGACAGGCGUCAAUGUAAUGGGCCCACCCAUCUCAGCACCACUGGACACAAAGGAUACAAGUGUGGUGAACAUUCCUGUGUGUCAACCUAUUUUAGCUCCACAAGAAGCAAGUGCCCCCAGUUUGGUGUACCCUCCAACUUCAGCACAAGAAACAUGUGCCCCCAGUUUGGUGUACCCUCUAACUUCAGCACAAGAAACAUGUGCCCCCAGUUUGGUGUACCCUCCAACUUCAUCACAAGAAACAUGUGCCCCCAGUUUGGUGUACCCUCCAACUUCAGCACAAGAAACAUGUGCCCCCAGUUUGGUGUACCCUCCAACUUCAUCACAAGAAACAUGUGCCCCCAGUUUGGUGUACCCUCCAACUUCAGCACAAAAAACAUGUGCCCCCAGUUUGGUGUACCCUCCAACUUCAGCACAAGAAACAUGUGCCCCCAGCUUGGUGUAUCCUCCAACACCACAGGUAACAGUUGGUGCCACCUUCAUGUCACCAAGUGUUUCACCAGCAGGAGAAAUAAGUGUUCCUAGUUUGGUGUACCCUCCAAUUUCAGCUGGACAGGGGGGUAAUAUACCCAGUUUGGUGCUCCCGCCUAUUUAUAUUGCUCAACCAAUUGGAGCACUCCCAUUGCUUAGCACUCCUAUUGUGCCACCUGUGGCGGGACCAAGGGCAGUCACUUUACCAAACCCAUAUGUACCAGCUCCACAAAACACAACAGCCACUCUGCUUUAUCCAUCAAUCUUGGCUCAGGAGGAAACAAUACCCCCUUCAUUGCCAGUCCCCCAGGCCAUUGUUGCCCACCUGCAUCAGUGCACUGGUCGGAAUGCAGAAGCAUUCCAUGUGAAUGAGGAGAACAGAAGAACACCCUAUGUGAUUCCAUUGGUCUACCAAAGCAUUAUGGGAGUGCCACAGAUGUAUGUUCAACCACAACAACAUCAGUUUAUUCCCAGCUGGUCCAGAGAAGCGCAUUCACAAAGGCUAUGUGACCCAGCGCCUACUGGGGCCAUGCCAGAGUGCCAGUAUGUUACACCUGAAGCAUGUGGUAGGAGCUGGAGAUGCAUUGAGACUAUGGCUGGGAUGCCAACAGUUGUGGCUUUCCCAGGAGGAUCUAGGAUUGUGAUUGGCUGUGGGCAAGAGCAAGGCUACAACCCUGACCAGGCCAACUUGCCAAUGUGCCAGGACUUUGGGCCCUGUUUCAGGACCCAUCACAUAUUUAUGGGUGGUGCCAGCUCAUUUCAAACCCUCUGCCCAAUGAGCGGUGCCUACAUGCCAGUUAUGCCUACUGCCCCUACCUUCGAACCCACAGACCAUCGCUGCUGCCAGGCUGCCCCUGAUGUGACUCCUCCACAUUAUGUAGUGAUCAACAGCCCAACUCACAAUGUUGCCUCUUACCCUACACCAUCACCCAUGCAGCCCCAGGGCUUUGCCUCUGCUCCUGUCCACAUGUAUGGUCCCCGCAGUGAAACUGAGAAUGCAGUGUCAUCCACCUUCAAUGUGAGGACCCAUGCAGGCCACCAGCAAGGGAGAGCAGAACACUGCAGAGAGACCAGCAACAUGCUAACAGGUGAAAAUCCAUAUGUGCAGAAUUAUUCUGGUAUAUGACAAUUAUUUAUAUUUUUUUGGGGGGUUAGAUCAGCAUUAAUAUUGUGGAUAGAUGUAAUUGUGUGCAUCAAUUCCAGUCCCCCAUAUAUAUGUUUUGUAAAUAUUCAGUACCAGUCAAAAACUUGGACACACCUACUCAUUCCAGGGUUUCUUUAUUUUUACUAUUUUCUACAUUGUAUAAUAAUAGUGAAGACAUCAAAACUAUGAAAUAACACAUUUGGAAUCAUGUAGUAACCAAAAAAAGUGUUAAACAAAUUAAAAUAUUUUUUAUGUUGGCGAUUCUUCAAAGUAGCCUCCCUUUGCCUUGAUGACAGCUUUGCACAUUAUUGUGCUGUUUUAAGAAGCAAAAAAGUAUCUGGAACAGUUGAGUAUCUGGAACAUCAGAAUUUGUGGGUUCGAUUACAGGCUCAAAAUGGCCAGUAACAAAUAACUUUCUUCUGAAACUCGUCAGUCUUUGCUUGUUCUGCGAAAUUAAGGCUAUUCCAUGUGAGAAAUUGCCAAGAAACUGAAGAUCUCGUACAAUGCUAUGUACUACUCCCUUCACAGAACGGUUAGGACAUCUACUUUGUGCAUGACACAAGUAAUUUUUCCAACAAUUGUUUACAGAUAGAUUAUUUCAUUAUUCACUGUAUCACAAUUUCAGUGGGUCAGAAGUUUACUUACACUAAGUUGACUGUGCCUUUUAAAAGCUUGGAAAAUUCCUGAAAAUUAUUUCUGCCCUCUGAAUUCAUAUUCAUUAUAUAAAUAGACCUGUUUAAUUUUGUCUGGCUUGCCGUUCCAAAUCAAAUUGAAUAUUUUUUUUUCUCAUAUAAUAAAAAAAAAAACAAGUUGAUAGGUGUAGGCAAGGCCAUAAGCAAAUAGGUAAACUGGGAUAUGACUAAAGAGUUAAUGAAGGGGAUUUUUCACAAUUAGACAGGUAUUUUCCUUUCAAUGGUAGCAAGAUCUUAUCUGCUUUUGAUAACUUUCUAUAAAAAUGUAUUGUAGUGAGAACAUUUCCUUUGGGAUAUGAAUGGCAAGUAUGUCCACUUCCCCGUCAGACCAUUUUAUUGGUCAACUCCAAGGUAUUGUAAAAGUUGUAUUUUUAGUGAUCAAUAUGUAAUAUAGUACACUUAUCAUAAUUUGGUUGUUGUUCUAUCCAGAGCGGUUAGAACAAUUAUCUAGAUCCUCAAUGAGGUAUAUGACAAUGUUAUUGCUCUGUAAUUACUUAUGUGUCUUGAAAUAAGUGUUGACAGACUGUAAUUUUGGCUCUAAUUUAUUCAGCAAAACUCUGUCUAAAUUCCAGGUUAACGACAGCACGCCGGCAGGAAUGAACAACUUCUUUCAAUUGUUCCUGAAAACUGUCAACAUUCCUUAAUAAAUCCUGAAAAAUUCUGUUGCUAUGUCAUGAUCUACAGUUACACCCAAAGUAUAGCUGCGGGAAGUAGUUUGGGAUAUAUUUCCAUUGUGUUAUUGACUGUAUGUUUGUUUAUUCCAUGUGUAACUCUGUGUUGUUAUUUGUGUCGCACUGCUUUGCUGUAUCGUGGCCAGGUCGCAGUUGUAAAUGAG